UAAUCAUGUAACCUUCAGUUUUGAACACAUCGAACUCAUCAUUUAGAUUGAUCAAAAGUAAAAUAGUUAAAAGAACAAUAUGUCAUGGAGCUUGCAUAGAAGAAUAAGAUAGCAAGCUGUAAUUAAAUAAAUCCAAAAAAUAUGAUGGGAUUGAAAGCACAUACAGUACUAAAAAUCUAUCCACUUAUUUGAAUGAAGACAAUAACAAAUACAGACAACCAAAAUUAAAGCCGAAAAUAGAUUAAGAUGCAGCCAAAAGGUUUACUUUUUUUCAUAUGAGAUAACAAAGCAGUGAUAAAUUUCAAAUUUAACAAACCAAAAUAGUAACAAAAUAAGUUGUUGCUGAAUUACGAUCUACUCUAAAUAGAGUUCGUUCAUCUAAAUCAAUUAUUUGA